GCGGAAUCGACAGAAUUGCUGGAUGUCCAAAGCAACAUCCACGGCGAUGAAGAAGUCGGCGGCGACUGUGCCCGCCAAGUUGAAGGCAUCCAAGGCAAAAACAGGGGUGAAGGAGAAAACACCGAUGCCUUCUUUGGAAGAGGACGAAACGGAGGACGACGUCGCCAGCAGCAGUCCACAAAUGUCCAAGAAAAAACUCACGAUUCAGAAACAACACGCCGGCUCGGAUGAGAGCAGCGACUGCUCUUCGAGCUUCAAGUCCGACGAGUCGUCUUCGUCCGAGAGUGAAGAAGAAGAAGAGGGUAGUUAUAAACACGGCGGGUACCAUCGCGUGCUCGUCGGCGACGUGUUCAACAACCGGUUCACAGUGUUGGCAAAGCUUGGGUGGGGACAUUUCUCCACUGUGUGGCGAUGCCGCGACGCUGAAACCGGUCAAGAGGUCGCAAUGAAGGUGCAAAAAAGUGCGUCCCAUUACAUGGAAGCAGCGCGGGACGAGGUCGAGUUGCUCGAAUGUGUCAACGAAGCUGCUAAGAAAUUCGGCGUGAGCCCUCGCAUCGUCAAGCUAAUUGCGAGUUUCGAGCACAUUGGUCCGCAUGGCACACACAUGUGCAUGGUGUUUGAAAUGCUUGGCGAUAACCUCUUGACGUUGAUCAAGCGAUAUGACUACAAGGGCAUUCCGAUUCCGCUGCUCAAAAUCAUGACUAAGCAGAUGCUGGAAGGCAUGGCAUUCCUGCACGACCAGUGCAAGAUUAUCCAUACCGACCUCAAGCCAGAGAAUGUACUUUUGAACAAAUCUCUGUCGAAGAUGCCCAAGUUCCGGUCCAUGGUGCCGCCAGAGUACGGAGGCAGCGCGCCUGUUGACUCAUCCACGCUGACUGCCGACGAAAAGAAGAAACUCAAGCGAAAACUCAAGCGGAAAAAGCAAAAGCAAAACAAAAAGGAAGUUGCAGAUGCCCUCGCAGACAAACUCGACCAGUCGCUCCUGAUCGACGGAGAUGACAAAGACGACGCUGUAUGUCGCGCUACCAAGAAGCCACCCAAAGCUGCCGUCGAUGGCCAACUCCUCUCCAACUUUCACACGUUUCCCACUGCGCCUAUCCAGACAAACGGCUCGGGCACGGAGAACCCGUUGUCGAUUGGCACCACAGACGAUAAUGCCGCCAUGGUUGGAGCGGGUCUUCAUCUGUAUAAAACAACGUCCCGAGCCAGUCGCGACUAUCCGAUUCCACAAGAAUACGCGGCUCGGAUCAUGCUUUGGUUGCCACCGCACGAGGUGACAGCCCAACUCGGUGAGAGCUACCGCCGCGUCUACAGGUUCAAGUUGCCGCUCCCGGAGGAUGUGACCACUGCAUUCAACAGCUCUCGAAAAUCGACCUGUUUCUCCCUCAAGCACUUUUGCAGCGACCGACGGGAUCUUCCCAGCAAGGUUGAAGCAGCUCUUGGUGGCACUGAUGCCGCGACAGAGGCCGACGGGAGUGCCGCCGAGCCCAUGGGUCUUUGGCGACUGGAACUGGAUGCUCGCUACGUGCGAGACGUUUGCGCACUGCUGGAAUCAACAUGGCCCGGCCAUCUCGUGUUUAUGAACGUGGCGGCAGCGGCGUCGUAUGCAGUCCCAGGAUUUUACUUCCCCGCUACUGACAACACCGACCCCAAGGCGCGGCAAGUUGUCCUGCAAGGCAUGUACCUUCGAAGCACCACCGUUCAGGACGACGCCCACGGAAUCCGACGCGUGGCGCCGCUUGCAGACCGGGUGAACUCCUGGCACCUGAAUGUAUUGGCGAGACACACCGCAUCGUUGAUUGAAGGCGUACCAGACUACCAAGUGAAGAUUGCCGAUUUGGGCAAUGCGUGCUGGACUUACAAGCGCUUUACACAAGACAUUCAAACGCGACAGUACCGCAGUCCAGAAGUCAUCCUAGGCCAAAACUACGACCAGUCGACAGACAUGUGGUCGAUGGGGUGUUUUGUGUUCGAGUUGGCCACGGGCGAGCUUCUCUUCGAUCCCAAGAGUGGCAAGUCCUUUUCUCGCGACGAAGACCACCUGGCCCAAAUGAUGGAGUUGCUCGGGCGCAUCCCGAAGUCAUUUGCCACCAACGGCAAGUACAGCAGCGAGUACUUUAACCGAAAAGGCGAGCUCCGGAAGAUCCACAACCUGAAAUUCUGGGCCCUCAAGGACGUGCUCGCCGACAAGUAUGAGUUUGACACGGUCGACGCAGACGCGUUUGCGUCGUUUUUGGAAACGAUGUUGCGUUUCCAGCCUUCCAAACGGAUCACGGCGUCCGACGUACUCCACCAUCCGUGGUUAAGCACCCCCUAAGAUAGUCCAUGUUGCCGUGGCACUUCCGCC